AUGGAUUUCCUCUUCAACUCGCUCGCGGCGCCCGACCCCGCCUCGCCGCCGUCGGAGCCGGAGGAGGCCGCCGCGGGGUCCUCCUCGCCCGCCGGCUCCGGCGACGGGGGCGGGUGGGGCGGCUUCGGCGGGCUGCUCAAGACCCUCACCUCCCAGUCCGAGACCGUGCUCGACGCCUACCGCCGCGACCUCGCCGAGUUCAGCACCGGCCUGCGCCGCGAGACCGACGCGCUCCGCGAGGCCGGCGCCAUCGCCCAGGUCGCCGCCACCGCCGCCGCCUCCGCAGCCUCCCUGCCCGCGCCCUCCGACGCCGACUCCGAGCCCAGCCCCGCCUCGGGCCACCUCAGGUACUACAGCCGCUUCGAGGCGCAGCUCCGCGCGCUCCAGUCGGAUCCGGCCACCUUCACCGCCGAUCCCGAGGACGCCGAGGACUUCGCGGCCUGGGGCGCGGGGUUUAGCCUCCAGGAGAGGCAGGACGAGAUCGAGGCGCUCUGCUACGAGAGCGACGCCGUGGAGGGGAUGGUGGACAGGCUCGUCCCCGACGCCGUGGAGGGCGAGGUGUUCUGGGCCAGGUACUUUUACCGCGUCCACAAGCUCAAGCAGCAGGAGGACGCCAGGGCCAAGCUCGUCAAGCGGGUCAUCGCGCAGGAGGAAGAGGAGGAUCUGAGCUGGGAGGUGGAUGACGAGGUCGAGGAGGAGGAGCCAGCAAAAGAGGAGGCGAUCAAGCAAGCGCCGAUCAAAGAAGAACCGAAACCUGAAGUACAGGAAAGAGAAAAUGAGAAACUGGAGGCAGAAGGCAGAGUCAAUGCAGUUGAAGAGGCUGGUGCUCUGGAUAAGGAACAGAAGAAUGCCGAUUUACCGCAGCCGGAAGUUUUCGGUAGCUCUAUGGUUGUAGUGGACAAGGAGGAGGAGAAGGAAGAUGCAUCCAAAUUGAAUGUCGAAGAAUCAAGUGACAAGAAAACUGCUGCUGAGGAACCACAUUCUACCGCUGGCGAUGCUGCAGCGAAAGAAGGGACAAAGCAUGAGACAAGUGACUCAAGCAAGGAUAGCGACUACUCCAUGGUUUCUAGACAGCGAACAGCGACCGAGGAGGAUCUCGAAUGGGACGAGAUUGAGGAUCUCGGGGAGCAUGAAGAGAAGAAGGGGAGCGCUCAUGGCUCAAGCUCUGCUCCAAAGGAGGAGCUACGUAAGAGGCUCAGUGUUGCGGAAGACGACGAGGAUUUGAGUUGGGACAUUGAGGAUGAUGAUGAUGAUAAGGCCUGA